CUAUAGUAGCCAGGAAACAUAUUCUCUCAACAAGCUUAACUAAGUGAAUCACUGCCAGCGACAAAUUAAUAAGACUGCUCUUUCUUCGAGAGAGGACAGGGGAACUAUAGCACACUGGCCUCGGGAUUCCGAGGGCGCUGAACAGGAAGAAAUUCCCUAGCUUGCACAAAAAGAGACCGUGGGACUACGAGGGGAAGAGGGAGAGAGAGAGAGAAAGAGAGAGAGUGAGACGCAUGAGUACUGAGAAGAAAGUUUUCGUAUCUGAAAACAACAUUGUCGGAACUCCGCUGAAAUCGUGACGCAUAAACCAUGUACUCGAUAUACAGCGUGGGAUAGUUGUUCUCCACUUGUACACUUGAAAGGAUCGCCUUAUUCGUGGCUUUCAUCAACCUCAUCAAAAGUUUUCACGAACGGAACAUUAUUCUACACGACAGAAAACAGACAUUUUAUGCGAACCUUACACAUGCUCCAGCGGAGCAGUUUUUGGUCUGCUUGAGCGUUUUGUCUGGAUUUCUUCUCGCAGUAUAGAAUAGGGGGAUUGGGGGGUGGGUUGGAUAUAUUUUUCCACUUUUCCUACAUGGCCUCCUCCAGGAUGUACCUUCUUGCGAAAUGCAUUCUGAUCAGUCAACUUAUGAUCCUGAUCGCGGAGAACAGCCGGGCGCUUUUAUGUCUGCCCUGUGACGAGUCUAAAUGUGAGGAGCCCAAAAACUGCUCCGGUGCAGUGGUGCUGGGGAUCUGCGGUUGCUGCUCAGUCUGUGCUAAGCAGAAGAACGAGAGCUGUGGCGGCGUUUACGGUCUCUACGGGACCUGCGACCGGGGGCUUCGGUGCGUAAUCAGACCACCUCUAAACGGCGGCUCCAUCACGCAGUAUGAAGUCGGAGUUUGUGAAGAUGAGAACUGGGAUGAUGACCAGCUCUUGGGCUUUGAGCCAUGCAAUGAGAACCUGGUCACCGGCUGUAACAUCAUAGACGGCAAAUGUGAAUGUGACGGUGUACGGACAUGUAACAACCCAUUUGAAUUUGCUAGCCAGGAAGCCUGUCAGACAGCCCUGAAGAAGAUUGAAGAGGAGAGGCCAGACUGCUCCAAGGCCAGGUGUGAGGUGCAGUUCUCACCCCGAUGCCCAGAAGACUCGGUUCUGAUAGAAGGUUACGCUCCACCAGGUGAAUGCUGCCCACUUCCCAGCCGCUGUGUCUGCAACCCUGCUGGGUGCCUGCGGAAGGUGUGUCAGCCAGGCUACCUCAACAUCCUGGUCUCAAAGAGUUCUGGCAAACCUGGAGAAUGCUGUGACUUGUAUGAAUGCAAGCCGGUUUUCAGUGUAGAUUGCAGUACUGUGGAAUGCCCCCCUGUCCUGCCCGUUGAGUGCCCUCCAGACAGCUAUGAAACACAGGUGCGGCUCACUGCCGAUGGCUGCUGCACUCUGCCCACCAGGUGUGAGUGUCUGCCCGGUCUCUGCAGCUUCCCACAGUGUGCGCCAGGAAUGUCCCCUCAGUUUGUCUCCCGUGGCAACGGGACUCCUGGGAGGUGUUGUGAUGUCUUUGAAUGCGUCAAUGAGACUAAACCAGCCUGUACGUUCAAUGGAGUGGAGUAUCACGACGGGGAUAUGUUUCGGAUGGAUGCCUGUAGGUUCUGUCGCUGCCAAGGAGGUGUGUCGGUUUGCUUCACAGCCCAGUGUGGUAUUCUGCACUGUGAACGCUACUAUGUACCAGAGGGAGAGUGCUGUCCUGUCUGUGAAGACCCGAUCUACCCAGCACUGAAUUUUGCUGGUUGCUACGUGAACGGGCAGAUCUUGGCACAUGGUGACCACUGGCGUGAGGAUGACUGUACCUUCUGUCAGUGUGUGAGUGGAGAUGCCCGCUGUGUGGCGGCCGCUUGUGGGCACAGCUGCCUCAAUCCUGUCAUUGUACCAGGGGAAUGCUGCCCAGUGUGUGAGGAGCCCACAUACAUCACUAUGGCGCCCCCUGCCUGUGGCUCACUGGAGAACUGCACCCUGGCUGAGAGGGACUGCCCGUAUGGUUUCCGUCUGGACCUCCACGGCUGCCGCACCUGUCACUGCAAGACACGAGAGGAGUUGUGCAGUGGGCUGAUUGCGGGCUGCCAGCUAAAAUGCCCGUUUGGCUUUCAGACUGAUGUCCAUGGCUGUGCUGUGUGCCAAUGCAGACCACGCCCCAAGAAGUGCAAGCCCAUGGCCUGUGGGAAGGAGUGUCCCUUUGGCUACAUAAAAAACAAGCAUGGCUGUGACACAUGCCGCUGUAAAAAGUGCCCUGAGUUGCCGUGUGACAAGGCCUGUCCUCUGGGCUUCAAACAGGAUGAACUGGGCUGCCUGAUGUGUCAGUGUAGAGACCAGAGCUCCUCGUCUGUCGACCCAGUGAUAAAGCAGGGCUCAUGCCUGUCCAUGGACGGCCGGCGGCACGAGAACGGUGAGAACUGGCACGACGGCUGUCGGGACUGCUACUGCCACAACGGCCGAGAGAUGUGCGCCCUCAUCUCCUGCCCCGUGCCCACCUGCGAGAGCCCCACCAUUCGUCCUGGCCAGUGCUGCCCGUCCUGCCCAGAUGAGUCAAGUUCUCACAAACCAGAGCUUAGUGACUCAUCUGUGUGUUUGGCACCUGGUGGUGAAUACUUUGUGGAAGGUGAGACGUGGAAUAUUGAUUCCUGCACACAAUGCACCUGCCACAGUGGCCGGGUCCUGUGUGAGACCGAGGUGUGCCCACCCCUUCUUUGCCAAAAUCCAAUCAGGUCGCAGGACUCCUGUUGUCCUCAUUGCCCAGAUGAGCCUGUCACUCCACAGACCCCCACUAAUGACAGCAUGCCUAGUUACUGUAGGAAUGAGGAAGGCGACAUUUUCUUGGCAGCUGAGUCUUGGAAGCCCAACGUAUGCACCAGUUGUAUUUGUCUGGAUGGCACCAUCAGUUGCUUCUCUGAGUCCUGUCCCCCUGUCAGCUGUGCCCGGCCUGUACUGAGAAAGGGUCAGUGCUGCCCCUAUUGCCUAGACGCGACGCCCCGAGCGGUGUGUCAUUUCAAUGGGAAGACAUAUGUGGACGAGGAACGGUGGGACAUUGACAGCUGCACACACUGCUACUGCCUGCAAGGCCAGACCCUCUGCUCUACUGUCAGCUGCCCUGCCCUGCCCUGUCACCAGCCAGUCACGCUGGAUGGCAGCUGCUGCCCCAUGUGCCCGGAGUCCUAUGCUCCAACCAAUGUUCCUAUUGAGAAGACAGACCAACAUGGAGAUAAACAGAAACAUCAGCCUGUCUGGCCCACACGCAGCGAGAAUGACAUCAUGCCACGGUUCAGAGGGGACUUUGGAAGCCUGCAAAUGCCAUAUUUGGAUGGCAAGACUCCAAUGCCCAGCGAGGAUGGCACUCUGCAUUCUGUGGCCUGGGUGGCUCUGCCAAUUGUAAUGAUGCUCACAGUCGCCGCCCUGCUGCUGCUCAACCAGAAGAAACAGUGGAUACCAGUGCCAUGCUACCGCACACCCACGAAGCCUACAUGUCUCAAUAACCAACUGGUGUAUGUGGACUGCCAGAAGGGGACAAAGGUUCAGGUGGAUAGCUCACAACGCAUGCUCCGUAUAGCAGACCCUGAUUCCAGAUACAGCGGAUACUACAGCAUGCAGAAACAGAACAACCUACAGGCUGACAGCUUUUACCAGACUGCGUGAGAAGAGCUGGAUAGAGAGAGAGAGUGAGAGUGAGAAAGACAGAGGGAUCGAGUUUAAGAGAGACUGAGCUUGUUUCCAGUAGCAGCAGGCAAAACAAGAGAGCACAUUACCACUCGACAACAAGGUAAAAAGAGACAGACAAUGCCAUGCCAACCUGCAACUUCACAACUGAACAGAAAACAUCAUGCGAAAUAAGAAAUCCAAAUACUCAAAUGAAUAAAAUUACAGUCCCGCACUUGGAAAUUUCAUCAGGACAUGAAAAAAAAGAAAAAUAACCGAAAUGGCAUUUUAACAGGACUGUGUGGCCUUGCAUUUGAGUGUGGAUUUUCCUGUAUAUGUACGUGCAAGUUUGCAAAAUCAAGUUGUACAUCUUUGGAAUUAGCACAAAAUAAUU